UUAUAUAUACUGCUAUGUUAAGAAAUACUUUUCAUAUUCUUAUGUGCUGUUAACGCUAUGUUAACUUAAGACCUGUCUCCAUUUAACAACACUGAAGAUCACUAGGUUGGCAGCUCCACGUGCAAUGCGUCCUUAACAACACCAGUAACGCUGCAACAAAGCAGAAGGUUUCGCGCCGAAAAAGAAAACAGCAAAAACAUACUAAACACGCGAAAAUAUUUAAAAGUUGAUGUUGAUUCGCCAACGCAACAUGCAUAUGUAAAAAAUGUGCUAACACUUCAGUGCAGCCGUAUUGAGCGCAAAAAUCUUGCGGUAAGGGCAGCACCAGAAGCAGCAGCGAAGUGUGCGGUUGGGUGUGAGUGCAUGUGUGUGAGGAGUGAGCAAGCGGCGUUUGACAAAUAGUCCAGACACAGACACCCACACUCGUUUGCACAAUGGCACCAACAAAAAAACGCGAAAAGGAAAGUCCAGAUGGCUCUGGCACUGCAGUUAACACAAAUGGGACCAACGGACAACAUGGCUGUGCAAGUACACCAACAACUCCGUCUGCAACAAAUGGUGGGGCAAUGACGCCAACGGCUGCUUCGGUGGCGGGGGUGGCUGUGCCUGUGAAUGUGUCAACAGCUGAAUCCGUUAAGCUUAAUGGACAUCAACAAGAGCAGGAACUCUUUUUGCAGGCAUUUGAAAAGCCCACGCAGAUCUACCGCUAUCUACGAAAUCGUCAUGAGACAAACCCAAUUUUUUUGAAUCGUACUCUUAGCUACAUGAAGGAGCGGAUGUCGCGAAACAACAAAAAUCGCGCGACAUUCAAAAUCAACUCCAUACUGGACAGAAUAAUGCAAAAGUCUGAAGCUGUGACACAAAACUACCUGCACAUAAUCUACGAUUCACUGCACGAGAAGCUCAAGUCGGAACAAACGGAGCUGGAACUGCAGGAGCAGCUCCUCUGCCAGGCGGGAGAAAAUGUGUGCGUGGAGACCACACUGUACAAGAUAACACGCAGUAAGCGCAAGGAUAGCACUCUGGACUUUCAGGAGCUGCUGAGCAAGAGCUCGCAAAUCGUAUAUAAUCCGAAGGAGCGGAUUGGCGAGCAUGCCACAAUCAGCAUACCUUUACAAACCAUGCGACCAAUGGGUGAGCAGCAUACGCUUUACAAGCUGCUCUUUCGCAUUAAGAUGCUGCAGGCGGCAUGCAACGAUGAGAAUGCAGCAGCCACACCAAACAAACGCUCACGCAGCAAUGAGAAGAUGUAUGGCUCCGAGCUGAUACUUUAUGAAAAGUCCAGCGGUUUCAUUACCGAGGGCGAAUAUGAGGCCAUGCUGCAACCGCUCAACUCGUCCAGCAUUAAAUCCUUCUCACCAAAGAAAUGCACCUGGGAGACCAUGCCGGACAGCUACAUUCCCCUCUCGCUGACAUACGACGUGUACCAGCAGAGUCCCAUGCUAAAAUUCCACUUGACCCUGUCCAAUGAAGAGCUACCGUCAGUCAUAGCCGCGCCGGAGCUGCAGCGUUACGUCACGCAUCUGAACUACACGACAUCGGCACUCGAUGUGGAUGCUGACAACAACAAUUGCAGCCACAAGAAUGGCAAUAACAACGGCGUCAUCUGCAAAUCUACGCCGGAGCACAUUCAAAUCGUAUACAAUUUCAUGUACAGCAACAAUACGCGUCAGCAAACGGAAUAUACCCAGGAGUUGAACUGCCCAUGGUGUGGUCUAGACUGUCUGCGUCUCUAUGCCCUGCUUAAGCAUUUAAAGCUUUGUCACGCACGCUUCAACUUCACCUACCAGCCAGCGGGCAAUGGGGCUCGCAUCGAUGUGACAAUCAAUGAUGCAUACGAUGGCUCAUAUGCAGGCUCACCUUACGAUUUGGCUGGACCCUCAGGUUCGUCUUUCGCUCGCACCUGUGGUCCCGUGCGUCGCACAUCGGUGACUAGCUUAAUGGUGUGUCGACCACGUCGCCAAAAGACGUGUCUUGAUGAGUUUUUGGAGCUAGAUGAGGAUGACAUAACCAACCAACGGUCAUACAUUACUGGCCACAAUAGGUUAUACCAUCACACGGAGACUUGCCUGCCUGUCCAUCCUAAAGAGCUGGAUAUUGACUCUGAGGGCGAGAGUGAUCCGCUUUGGCUGCGUCAAAAGACCAUUCAAAUGAUUGACGAGUUCUCUGAUGUCAAUGAGGGCGAGAAGGAGCUGAUGAAGCUGUGGAAUUUGCAUGUGAUGCGUAACGGCUUCGUCGGCGACUGUCAACUGCCACUAGCAUGUGAAAUGUUCCUCGAUGCCAAGGGGCACGAGAUUGUGCGCAAGAAUCUCUAUCGCAAUUUUAUUCUGCACAUGUGUUCGCUCUUCGACUACGGCCUGAUUGCAGCGGACACGGUCUACAAAACUGUGCAGAAGCUGCAGGGGCUCUUGAGCAGAUACGCUGCCGGUCAGGAGUUGAUGCAGCGACAGCGUGAGGCGCAACUUAAGUACUGGCUGGAAGUGGGCAUGCAUAAGAAGCAGGACGAGCAGAAACAUAAGUCGCCACAAAAGCAGAGCACUGCGUCAGGUGCAGGCGAUGGUGCCACUGCAACUGCCAGUGGAAGUGGCGCAUCUGGCGCAAUGCAGCCACCAAAGCGCAUGCCGGCUAAUAUUAAACGAGCCACCUCAUCCUCAACUGCGGCACUGUCGUCAACAGUAUCUUUGGACAGCACAGCUGGAAAUGGGGCCGCUGGCACUAGCAACAGCAAGAAUGUGGCGAAGAAGAGCGCCGACCAGCCGUUGGCUAACAUGCGCGAGCGUCGUUCGGAUCAUGGACUUAAACGAAGCUUCAGCGGAGCAAGGCUAAGUGCACCGGAAAGUCGAAGCGCCACCUUGCCAAAACGCAAGCUCAGUGCAAAAGACAACGCAUCUCCCGCUGGAGCUCUGACCAAACGUCUGCGAUAUAGUGAUCAUGGAGUUGGCGGCAGCACUGUGACACGGAAUUCCACAAUUUCCAGCGGAAGCAACAAAAGCAAUAACAACCAUCAUUCACUGCCAAAUAGUAACAAACGGUUAAUAACUCGACGACGCUCUACAACGGAGCGCAAUAGCAACAUGAAGGCAAACAAUUCGGGAGGGGGUGGGAGCGGGGGCACAACGUCUGCGCAGGCGCAUGGACUGCGUACGCGACUCUCGAUGCCGGCCAAAUACGAGAGGCGCUGACACAAAUGUGACGGCUGACGUCCACAUCGAUAUAAAUGCCGUUGCCGCUCUUUUCGAUCGCUGGUAUACAAGUAACUCGAUAGCGCGACUUUCUGUUUUUCUGACGCACCUAAGCAACGUUUUUGCUGUUUGUGUUUGCAAUUGGGGCAAUGUUUUAAAAUUCAUUAUUAUUAUACAUACAAAAAUAUCAUCAGUUUUAUUAUAAUUAUUAUUUUGUGUGUAAAUUGAAAAGUUGGCACAUUUAGCCACUUAUAUAACAGCUUAUAGCGUUGAAAAUUUGUAAAAAAAAAAAAUUAAAGCAAAAAGUUUUCACUCGAUUAUGGAAUUACCCCCACUUACAUAAAUAAUAAUGUCAAAAAUGUGUAGUUAAUUUUGUAGAAUUUCGACGUCUAAAAGAAUACUUAAAAAUUGUUAAUACCAUGUUUCAUGCAACAAUUUUUGUGUUUUAUCCAAUGAUAUAAUACAUUUUUUAUAAUUACAUACUAUAUUAGUUAAAGUGACUAUUAUGACAAAAUCAUCAAAAAUAAUUACGUAUAUGUACAUUUUGGUCUCUAUAUUAUUAUUGGCCCAUUGAAGGCAUACUGAAAUUGUAAUUAGCGCAGAGUAUAUAACAAAAUUUUAAACCUAAGCGAGUCUAUUUUGUAAGUGACCUAAAAAUGAUGCGAGCUUAAUGGGCAAUUAAAACGCAAACACCCGA